UUUGCUCGGCCACCAUUUUGAGAUUUACUCACGCUCCAGUUAGUCUCGCUAGUAAUCUCAUCGUCAUUGUUUAAACAUGAGCGACCAGCUUUGCAAACUUUUCGUCGGUGGACUCAACGUGGACACCGACAGCGAUGGCCUGCGCAAGCAUUUCGAAAAGUACGGUACGAUCACCGACUGCGUUGUCGUCGUGAACAAGCAGCUGCAGCGUUCCCGCUGCUUCGGCUUUGUGACCUACUCCACGACGGAGGAGGCUGACGAAGCCAUGAAGGCCAGGCCGCACACCGUCGACGGUAACGCCGUCGAACUGAAGCGCGCCGUGGCGCGAGAGGACGCGAACAAACCAGAGGCCCUCGCUAAGGUGAAGAAAGUCUUCAUCGGUGGCCUGAAAGACGAGAUCGAGGAGGAACACCUGAUCAACCAUUUCAGCCAGUACGGCGAGAUCGAGAAGGCCGAAGUCAUCUCGGAGAAGGAGACCGGGAAGAAACGAGGCUUCGGCUUUGUCUAUUUCGCCGAGCACGACGCAGCCGACAAAGCCGUUGUGGUGAAAUUCCACAACAUCAUGGGACACAAAGUUGAGGUAAAGAAAGCCCUCUCCAAGCAGGAGAUGCAGGCCUCAGGCAGAGGCGGCAUGUCGAUGGGCGGCCGGCCGGGCAGAGGCAUGAGAGGAAAUCAAAAUGGCUACGGCGGCAGGGAGUAUGGCGGAAACUACAACUACGGAAAUGGCGGAGGCUACAACUGCGGCGGCGGUGGUGGUGGCGGCUACGGAGGAUACGGCGGAUAUGGGGGCGGCUAUGGAGACCAGGGAAGUGGAUACGGUGGUGGAAACGGCUACAACGAGUUUGGAAGCGGUUAUGGCCAACAUUCAUCCGGCUAUGGUCCCAUGAAGGGGGGCCCCUUCGGCCACCAGAGGAGCGCUGCUCCCUACAGCAGAGGCGGCGGCGGCAGUGGCUACCCGAGGGGGGGCUAUGGCGGCGGCGGCUACUAGAUGACACUUCCGAGCGGAAAAUCGACCACCCAUCCCCCCCACAGCCACUACACAAACCCCCAACCUGGAUUCGAACGCCAAAUUCAAAAUCAGUUACGGGGCGUCUGCCGUGAACCAACCAUGGCAGAGAUCAGGACACAAAGAAUCCCCACUAACCUCAAAAACCCAAACAGGUGUUCUUACAAGUAUUCCUGUAGGCUAUCCCAGCCAAAAUAGCCGUAGCAGUUUGUUUGUAGGCUACAUCAGGACCCUAUCAUCGAUUGUGAUAGGAGUCUGAAAUAUCUCUUUAGGAUAUCCACAUCCAGCCAAAUAGGUAUGUAAAUCAACCUGUCUUUACUCUGUGUUGGUCAGCCAUGUAAGGUAUUUAUUUCAUCAAGAUGGUGCACAACUGUGCCAUUAUUUAAUUUUACACAAAUGUACUUACAAAUACACCUUUUUAUAUAGCUAAUUUUUGUGGCAACAAAGGGGGGUUAAUAAAUUUGACCUUAAUUUAACAAGUGGGUGGAAGGAGACUCGCAUAUUGUUCCACUAUUGCAUAAGAUAAUGGAGCAAAUAAAUUGGUCUCUUCCCGAAAACAUGCUCUGUUCAGUUUCUCAUUGUGUCUCUCUCCAUCUCCUCCAGGUUGCUAUGGUAACCUGGGCAUGAGGACAUCACCCUGAAAACUAUUGGGGUGCGUGUCUCACCGCUGGCGGGGACCAAGAUCUUGUGUCUUCUCCCACAGGUGAAGUUUCACAUGGGAUUCCACUGUGCUCAAAAUGAGUUUGAAUGCUAAGUUUUAUUCUUUUUUAAAUUCUUUUUUACAAUGGUAUUUUUAUAAAACGGUGCUCGGGUGCAGUGAGUCAUGGCACUAUUGGUGACCUGGCCCUGCAGGUGAUGAAGUCCUGUCUUGGGUAUUGAGUGUGAAUGAUUUAAUUUGUGUGAAUUUUUUUACUGGCCCAAACAGGCUGAUAUUUUAAAUAAAAGUAAAAUUGCAACAUGA